AUGGCCACCGUCAAGGAUUCCGUCACCGAGACGGCUUGCGCCUUGUCUGCUGCUCAGCUUUACUUCAGUCAGCUGGCCGGACAGCCCUGCCGCCUUGGCGACACUGAGGCCGAGGCACUUUGUGUGUUGCUCGGCUCCAUCAUAGAGAGGAGACCUUGCAUUCGGGUACCCCGGAAGUCGCUCUCCCCUCCGUUUCUCAACUUCAUCGAAGCUGGUGCAUCGGGCGGACAAUAUCUGGGCCGCGACCGGCUGUGGGCCGCCCUGGCCGCCUGCGCAAAGGGAAUACACGGGACGGCCACGCCGGCUGAAGACUACCACAAGAUCAAGCGCGACCAACGCUGCGUCCUCUCCGACGUCCUCUCCGACGUCCUCUCCGACGUCGUGGACCGCAAGAAGGCCGGUCGCCGACCCCGCAUCUUUUUACACGACUGA